AUGUCUGUCACCGACUUCAAAAUAGCUGAUGAGAAAGGGCCCUUAAAUCACAGCAUUGACAGCAUUGAGAAGGAGAAAACUAUAAGACAUGGUGGUUAUUUUUCAUCACGCUCUGUGAAAAAAAUUCAGGUUGGACUCUGUUUGCUUUUGGUGGAGCUGUGUGAGAGGUUCACUUUCUUCGAAGUCGUCUGCAAUUUGAUUCCCUUUUGCACUGUCAAGCUUGGCUAUUGCAAUUACCAGGCAGCCAUUUUGAACUUGUGUUUUAUUGGAACUUCAAUACUUAGCCCUGUGUUUGCGGGAUGGCUUGCAGAUGUCUGUCUAGGAAGAAACAAACUGGUAUAUAUUUGCUUAUUUCUACAUUUUCUAGGAACUGCUUUGUUAUCUGUGGUUGCUUUUCCCUUGGAAGAUUUUUAUAUAGGCACGUACCAUGUGAUUAACAACAUAGCACAAAAGGAGCAGAACAGACUGUUUUAUGUAGCACUGUUGACCAUCUGCCUGGGCACAGGCGGGAUAAGAGCCAUCGUUUGCCCACUGGGUGCCUACGGCCUUCAGGAGUAUGGAUCAAAGAAGCGAAUGUGUUUUUUUAACUGGUUUUAUUGGCUUUUGAACCUAAAUGCAACUUUUGUCUUUCUGGGAAUAUCUUACAUCCAGCACUCAGCGUCCCAAGCCCUUGUUUUAAUUAUUCCUUUUACGUCUAUGCUUAUGGCUCUGAUAACCCUUCAUAUGAUGUAUUGGAAACUGAUUUAUCAGCCAGAAAAAUGUUGCUCCCUCCUGAUGACUUUUGGGGUGUUUGUUAAUGCACUGAAAAUGUGCUGUCUGCACUGUUACCAUCUUGGCAGAGAUGUAGUGAGCUGGUUAGAUCAUGCCAAGGCAAAAAAUGGUGGCUGCUACAGUGAACGUCAAGUGGAAGGCACAAAAUUUUUCCUCAGGCUUCUCCCUCUCUUCGUUGCUCAGCUCUUCUACAGAAUGUGCGUUACUCAGUUUCCUUCAGGAUUUUAUCUGCAGACCAUGAAUUCCAACCUGAAUUUGGAUGGAUUUCUUCUGCCAAUUGCAGCUAUGAAUGUGAUUAGCAUCUUACCAUUAUUAAUUCUGGCUCCUUUUAUGGAGUAUUUCAGCACCUGCCUAUUUCCCUCUAAGAGAGAUGGACCAUUUCUGUUGGCAUGCAUCAUUGCUGGAAAUCUUACUGCUGCAUCUUCUGUUAUGGUAGCUGGCUUUUCUGAAAUACACAGGAAACACUUCCCUCCAGUGGAGCAGACUACUUCAGGCAAAGUUCUCACUGUUUCUUCCAUGCCCUGCUUCCACCUGGUUCUUCAGUACGUUUUACUUGGAGUGGCUGAAACACUGGUAAACCCAGCCGUCUCUGUAAUAUCAUACAGCUUUGUUCCAAGUAACAUCAGAGGAACCUCUAUGAAUUUUUUGACACUGUUCAAUGGACUUGGCUGUUUCCUGGGGGCACUGCUGGUGGAGUUGGUGUAUCUCAUCUCAGAAGGCAAUUGGUUUCCAAACACAUUAAACAAAGGCAAUUUAGAAAGCUUCUUCUUCUUCCUGGCAUCAUUAACGUUGUUGAACGUCCUGGGAUUCUGGAGUGUUUCACAAAGAUAUUGUAAUCUAAAUCAUUUUAAUGCCCAGAACAUCGGUGGAAGUAAUCUUGAAGAAACAUUUCUCCUCCAUGAAAAGUCUCUGAAAUUUUAUGGCAGUAUACAGGAAUUUUCUUCAAGUAUUGAUUUUUGGGAGACAGCCCUAUGA